UACUAUGGUGAGCUUCGGAUUCGGUUAUAUGUACAACUAGUCGGUAUCAUUUCAGUUGUCGUGCGCGCGGUGCCAUCAUAUUUGACAAUCUAUGAAAAUAAGCUAUACCUAAAGCAAAUACUAGGCAAAUUAAUAUAACUCCCAGGCCGCUG